AAAUUAGUUUGCCUAAAAAAAAGAAAAAAUUACCCCUUUUCUUUUGGUGGUGAGUGCUGGUGAAACUGAUCAGUCUGGUCAGGUAUCCCACAGGACUUUGCGGCAAAAACACGGAAGUGGCUCGAGUCAACAGAUGCAGGCCGCUGGCCCCCCCAGCCGCUUCCCCCUCCAACAACUGAACGCAGCUGCAAGUGGAAGUGAGAUCGGGCCUCGACCACAGAAAGACGAAGUGAGCAGCUUUUCAGAUCCGUCCAGCAUGAGGUCCAUGAUGAUAUUCUACCUCUUCUACUUCCUGUGCCUGUGCUUGAGUGUCGCCUGUGUCGUCUGUGUGUGCGUGUGGAACAGCCAGUGGCGUGGCGGCUUUGCCUGGGAUGGCUCCAGCCGGGAGUUUAACUGGCACCCCGUCCUUAUGGUGACAGGGCUGGUGGUGCUCUAUGGCAACGGCGCCGUGUUGUACCGUAUACCUCUGACCUGGGCUCACAGCAAACUCCCCUGGAAGAUCCUUCAUGCGGCGCUGAUGUUCCUCUCGUUGAUCCUGUCCAUCGUGGGACUCUGCGCCGUCUUUAACGUCCACAAUGCCGGGAACAUUCCCAACCUUUAUUCUUUGCACAGCUGGAUUGGAAUCGCAGCCACAGCUCUUUUUGCCUUUCAGUGGGUAGCAGGUUUUGCUGGGUUCCUCCUGCCCUGGACUCCCUUAUCGAUGCGUAAGCUCCUCAAACCCGUCCACGUGUGGCUGGGAGGAAGCAUCCUGAUACUCAGCAUCGCCGCCAGCAUCUCUGGCAUCAACGAGAAACUCUUCUUCGUUCUAAAAGGAACAACCAACGGGACUCAGCCGUACUCCAGCCUGCCGCCUGAAGCUGUGGUGGCGAACUCAUUGGGGGUUUUGAUCGUCGCCUUCGGUUUGAUCGUCCUGAAGAUUCUGUCCACCAGUGAAUGGCAGAGACCAGACGGCUCUGAGGACAGGACGUACGCGCCUUUACUACGUGAUGAAAGUGAUUGAAGAACAGCUGCUCGCCAAAAGUCAUCCACCUUUCUAACCCUACAAGCAGCUGGUGGUCUUAAGUAAAAAGUCUGUGUGAGAUGUUAAUAUAUUUUGAAAAUAUAUUUAAAAUGACUUGUUUUCACUGUGAAUAAAAAUACUUUCCCCCCCCAAA